AACAGUGUCUGGUCUCACUUCCACAUCUGCGAACGUGACUUUGAUUAAUUCCGUCUCUGCUCUUUAAUGAGUUGUUCUUUUAAUUUUAGACUAUCAAAUGAUAUACAUAUUUGAAUAAAUAAAAAAAUUAUUUACGUAAAUAAAUAAAUAAGUUUCAAAGCUGAUAAAUAAUAUCACAGUAAAUAAAUAGCUAACAGGAUAUGCGAAGAUAAGAAUAAGAUAGCGGAAGAAAAAGGGUUUUGCAUCCUUUGUUGAGUUCAGAACUCGACAUUUCCACGUUCUUCUCUCACCCAUACAACGAUGCAACUGUGCGAACUACUCUGAUGGGUAUGGCGACACGUGUCCCCUUUGUCUCCGCUGCCACUCUUCCUCCCAACCAAUACCAUAAAUACUGCACUGUGGCACUGUCACUUCCUUUACCUGUUUCUUCAUCCACAUUAAGGCUUCUUCACUCUCCAUUUUCUUCUUCAUUGGCACUCAAGAACCACAAGAGUGUGAAGAGUGUUGGAACUAGAUUCAGUGUUGUUGUAGCCAUGGCAGAGUCUCCACAGAGCACUGUGCUUGUUACUGGAGCUGGUGGUCGCACAGGACAAAUAGUUUACAAAAAAUUAAAAGAGAGGCCAAAUCAAUAUGUGACUAGAGGUCUUGUUAGAACAGAACAAAGCAAACAAAACAUUGGUGCUGCUGAUGACAUUUUUGUUGGGGAUAUAAGAGAUGCUGGAAGUAUUGUUCCUGCAAUUCAAGGUAUAGAUGCUCUCAUAAUCCUCACAAGUGCAGUGCCACAGAUGAAACCUGGUUUUGAUCCUACGAAAGGACAAAGACCAGAGUUCUAUUUCGAAGAUGGUGAAUAUCCUGAACAGGUAGACUGGCUUGGGCAGAAAAAUCAAAUAGAUGCUGCUAAGGCUGCAGGAGUGAAACAGAUUGUGUUGGUAGGGUCCAUGGGUGGAACAGACAUUAACCAUCCUUUGAACAGCUUGGGGAAUGGAAAUAUAUUGGUUUGGAAACGGAAAGCUGAGCAAUAUCUGGCUGAUUGUGGCAUCCCAUACACAAUUAUAAGGGCUGGUGGCUUGCAAGACAAAGAUGGAGGAGUUCGGGAACUCAUUGUUGGGAAGGAUGAUGAGCUUCUUCAGACUGAAACCAGAACCAUACCCAGAGCUGAUGUUGCAGAAGUCUGCAUUCAGGCUCUAAAUUUUGAGGAGGCUAAAUUUAAGGCAUUUGACUUGGCAUCAAAACCUGAGGCAGCAGGUUCAGCAACAAAGGACUUCAAGGCUUUCUUUUCCCAGAUCACCACUCGUUUUUGAUAUUGGAUGUCUUUAUUUAUCGUGCAUUUGGGAUUGAACCAUAUUGCUAUUAGUGCUAUCUAAAGCAAAUUUACACGUGUCUUGCCAAUUUAGUAAGAGAUUCUUGAAAGCAAGUUAUAAACUUAACUAGCACUGCACCACAAGCCUUGAUAAAAACUCGUGUCUACUUAUCAGUGCAUCAGUUCACUCUAUGAAGUGUAAUUGUCUGCAAUCCCCUUGACACUGAAUGAGUAUUUUAUUUCAUCUUGAUUCAAGCCAUUAUAAGGUUAUUAGUAAAAAUUACUGAUCAUUUUUAGUU